AAAGAAACUAAAAAUACAUACAAUACAACCUAUAUAUAUAUAUUAAUAAUUAUAAUAAAUGAAUUCAAUAACGACUUUUGUUAAAAAACAAAUUUCAUUUGUUAAAUUUUUUGGUAAAAAUUUAUUUAAACCUUUUUCAUUAGAUUUAAUAAAUAAAGAACACGAAAAAGAAUUAAGAUUAAAAAACGAAAUAUUUAAAAAACACUCUUUAAAAACAAUCGAAAAGAGCAAACUUGUAAUGCAAGUACAUGCUGCUCAACUCAAACUUUUUGACAUCUCCAAAGAAUUAGAUUAUAUUAACCAGAGAAAAUUAUAUCAACAACAACAAUUAAUUGACUCAUUAAAUUCAUUAUUAUCAAGUAUCGAAAUAGAUAGUGAAGGAAGUAUUAUAAAUAAAAAGAAAAAUAAAGGACCAAUUUUACCAAAAGGUGAUUUAAAUUGUGAAGCAAUUCAAAAACAACAAGAACAACAAUUAAAGAAACUACAUCAAAGUAAUAUUCAAGAUCAACAACAAAGUGCCUCAAUAAAUGAUUUAGAUUCAAUUUUUAAUGAUCAAAAUAAUCAAAAUGAUACCACAAUAGAAUAUAUCGAUCCAAAUCUUUUUGAUUAUGACAGCGUAUUUAAAAAACCCGAACCAUUCAACCAAGAAAAAUAUUUAAAGGAACUUGAAGAAAGAAUAAAAAGUGGUUAUGAAGAAAAAAAAAUAAAUAUAAAUGGUAAAGAAAAUUAAUAAAAGAUUAACAAUAAUGAAUUUUUUAUUUUUUUUUCUUUAAUCAAUU